AUGGAUGCAAAUCUCGACUCGCCAGCGCAGAUGGCAUGCAUAUCUCUGUUUGAGGAUGACCUGUCACGCUGGGAGGCAGUAAAAGACCGCAACGCCAUCGCCGACGGUCUCUUCUUCUGCGCCUCUGCAAAGACAAAGGUCUACUGCCGACCCGUGUGUAAGGCCCGCCUCCCCCGCCGCGAAAAUGCAUCCUUCUACAAGACCAGUAGAGAGGCCCAAGCGGCAGGGUUUCGCCCUUGCAAACGCUGCCGGCCCGAUCUGGAUGGCAUUAUGCCGGAAGACGUUGCCGUGCUCAAAGUACAGGCAUUUCUAGAAAGUAGAAAAGGAUUUUUCAACCACGGGUCCACGCCGGAAAGCCUGAGCCAGAUGGCCAGACAGGCUGGGCUAUCUAAAUGGCACUUCCACAGGGUGUUCAAGAAGUACACGGGAAUGACUCCUGUCCAGUACGGAAGGAUGGGGAGACGAAGCUUUACCUGGAUUCAGAGUGAAUUUGUCAGCCAAGAAAUCGGUUAUAUGGAUCUAUUGACCCAAGCAACUGAGGAGUGUCCACCACUACUGGAACCCCUGAUGCUCGAAAGUUCUACUUCAAGUAGCUUCUCAGACAGCCAGAGCGAGGACAACCCCGGUGGCGAACCAAACUGCGUAUUUUGGCCACAGAGUUAG